AUGAGCGGGCUGCGGCGGCUGUUCCGCGGCAGCGGGCGGGCCCUGGCCCUGGUGUUCGUCGCCUCGGUGGCCUGGGUGCUGCUCGACAUGGCCGCGCUCCGCCUCUCGCUCGGCGAGGCGGGCGGGCGGCUGCUGCGGGAGGCGGCUCCGGCGAAGGCAGCGGGGGAGCCGGGAGCAGCCCCCGCCGGGCUCGGGGCCGGGGACCAGGAGCCAUCGCCGCCGCCCCGGCAGCCCCCGGCCCCCGGGCGCAGCGGGACGGGCACGGCGCUCCCCGGACGAGCCGCGCACGGGAGCCAGCAGCGUCCCCCCGGCACGGCACGGACCGGCCUGGCAGCCCGGGAUGCGGAGACGGCAGCCCAGCCUGGACCAGAAGAAACGAACACGGGACGGAAAGAAGCUUCCUCCAAAACUCGCUUCGUCCUCAUUAGCAAAGAAGGGAUGAACCUCGCCAGCCGCGCAGCCCCGCACCCUGGACCCCGCUCUGCCGUGAAUGCCACAAGGAGACGUGGAAAGCACAAAGAACUUGCUGUCAAGGGCAGUGAUGGUGCCCACGCUGUCUCUGCCACUGCUGCGGCCACCGCCGUGGGUGGCCAGAGCCAGACGCUGGGUGCGAGGCCAGGAGCAGCUCCUGGAGUGGCUGGCACUGGCCAGGAUGGGCAGAAGGAGGCAGGAGCAACUCCUGGAGUGGCUGGCACUGGCCAGGAUGGGCAGAAGGAGGCAGGAGCAACUCCUGGAGUGGCUGGCACUGGCCAGGAUGGGCAGAAGGAGGCAGGAGCAACUCCUGGAGUGGCUGGCACUGGCCAGGAUGGGCAGAAGGAGGCAGGAGCAACUCCUGGAGCGGCUGGCACUGGCCAGGAUGGGCAGAAGGAGGCAGGAGCAGUGCCUGGAGCAGCUGGCACUGGCCAGGAUGGGCAGAAGGAGGCAGGAGCAACUCCUGGAGCAGCUGGCACUGGCCAGGAUGGGCAGAAGGAGGCAGGAGCAGCUCCUGGAGUGGCUGGCACUGGCCAGGAUGGGCAGAAGCAGGCAAGGGGCAGCCCAGGGAUGCACAGAGUCCUGUCCAUGGAUGCAACACUCGCCCCAAGAGACCCCCGAGCUCCUGGCCAGUUUGGACAGCCUGUUGCUGUCCCUGAUGAUAAACAAGAAGAAGCAAAGAGCAGAUGGAAAGAAGGAAACUUUAAUGUCUACCUCAGCGAUCUGAUCCCUGUGGAUCGAGCCAUUGCAGACACCAGGCCUGCUGGGUGCUCUGAGCAGCAGGUCCACGAUGACCUCCCAAGCACCACCAUCAUCAUGUGCUUUGUGGAUGAGGUGUGGUCCACCCUGCUGCGCUCCGUGCACAGCGUCCUGAGCCGCUCUCCUCCACACCUGAUCGAGGAGAUCAUUUUGGUGGAUGACUUCAGCACUAAGGAGUACCUGAAGGAGCAGUUGGACACGUACAUGUCGCAGUUCCCCAAGGUGAAGAUCCUGCACCUCCAGGAGAGGCACGGGCUGAUCCGGGCCAGGCUGGCGGGAGCUGAGAUCGCCAAAGGUGCUGUCCUGACGUUCCUGGACUCGCAUGUGGAGUGCAAUGUGGGAUGGCUGGAGCCGCUGCUGGACAGGGUCCGCCUGCGCCGGACCAAGGUCGCCUGCCCUGUCAUUGAAGUCAUCAGUGACAAAGACAUGAGUUACAUGACCGUGGACAACUUCCAGCGUGGGAUUUUUACCUGGCCAAUGAAUUUUGGAUGGAGGCAGAUUCCACAAGAGGUCAUCGAGAAAAAUAAAAUCAAGGAGACUGAUAUAAUAAGGUGCCCCGUCAUGGCAGGUGGCCUGUUCUCUAUCGACAAGAAGUAUUUUUUCGAGUUGGGAAUGUACGACCCAGGACUGGAUGUCUGGGGAGGAGAAAAUAUGGAGAUUUCAUUCAAGGUCUGGAUGUGCGGAGGAGAGAUCGAGAUAGUUCCGUGCUCCAGGGUCGGGCACAUUUUCAGGAAUGACAAUCCUUAUUCCUUCCCCAAAGACCGGGUGAGGACGGUGGAGAGGAACCUGGCCCGCGUGGCAGAGGUGUGGCUGGACGAGUACAAGGAGCUGUUCUACGGCCACGCCUAUCACCUGGUGCUGGGCAGCGUGGAUGUGGGCGACCUGAGCCAGCAGAUCCAGCUACGCAAAAAGCUCCGCUGCAAAACCUUCCGGUGGUACCUGGAGAACGUGUACCCGGACCUGGAAGCUCCCCUGGUUAAAGCCAGCGGGCUGCUCGUUAACGUGGCGCUGGCAGGGUGCAUCGCUGUGGAAGGCACCACCCUGGCUUUCGAGGAGUGUGAUGUUAACAACACGAACCAGAAGUUCAACUACACGUGGCUGAGGCUGAUCCAGCACGGGGAGCUCUGCCUUGCCCCGUCUGGUGUCGUGGGAGCCGUGGGCCUGCGGCACUGCCAGGGCAGGAGCCGCAGCCUGGCCUGGCUGCACAGGUCACUGGCCACUGGCCAGCCGGGGUUGGCCGACCACAUCAUCUCAGAGCACCAGCACCUCCCGCAGCCGGCGUGCCUGGCAGUGGAUCCCUCGUACAGAGCCCUGCGGGUGACAGCCUGUGACCACACCAACCCUCACCAGAAGUGGCAGUUUGGCUCUUACCACGCGGACUGAGCACAGCCCAGCUGCACCAGGACCACCCCGGUGUCACUGUGGGCUCAGGGAGGACAGUCCUGUGGCUGACAGCAGCUCCCAAAUGGGAAAUGUGUUUCCAAAUGAUAACUGAAAUGUGUGGUUUGAUAGCUGCACGUGGAGGGAUGAGAACACCCAGAGCAGCACGUCUGCUGCG